AUGGUUGCAUCAUCAAAAACUCCAUCUGGCGCCGAUCAAACUACAACAUCAGGACUUCUUGGAAUCAAGGCUAAUCAGAAUUUGAUAUUGGACCUCGAUCCGUCGAAGUAUGACGCCUUUCUCCAACCACUGAUUGAAUGCUUGAGACACUCUCUAUUGGCUGGUGCUCUAUCAAAGCUCGUACAUGUUACUCUAGUUCAUCUCUCAAACGCUUUCUCGACUGCUCAUUAUAAAGAGAGUAGUGCUACCAUAAUUUUCGAGCUUGGUAAUCAACAAACAACCAUCACCAAGUCGAGAUUUAGUCGCCUAUUGGGGCUUUCAUCUGCUAGGGAUUUAAAUACAGAGAUCUCUUGUGCUCGUUUUUGGGCCAUUAUUGUUUAG